AGUGAAAUUUGUAAAUUAUACUAACCAUGUACCGGGCGGCCCUCAUGCGGGUGCGCACACCCAGCUAGACGUCGGCAGAAGGACUUUAUGGGCCGUUUGAUACAGUAUCAUUUACACCUGUGUCUGUUAAUCAUACACCGAUCACGUAGCAUCAUCUCUUGAGUCAGAAACAGCGGCUAGCAAGUUCAGAUGAGGCUGUGUCCAGUUCUGUGCCGAAAUUGAAAGAAGCAGUACCCUUACAGCAAGGCAUUUUGGAAAUGCGGGAGUUAAGUACAGAAACAAGUUAACCGAAAGUCUGAACAUGCAAGCAUAUUAAUUAAGGUAAUACAAUUAGCAUUAACUAUUCAUAGCAAGACUGAAAACCAGCAGAACACCUUCCCCUCCCUAUUCCUUGUUGUCUACCUGCUCAUCCCAUACAAAAACAAACGCGCGUCAAUGUUACUUUACUGUAGGACACGCUCGUGUUCACGAAGGUAUACGGUAGUACCGGUAUAGCGGAAGUUUCUCCUCCGACUCGAUGGCAGCCGCGUUUCCGGCGGUUCGCCCCUGCAGAGGUGCCCUUACCAAGAUGGCGCUGUCCAGGACGGGGAUGUGCUGUGGCUCGGCUGCUAUGUUACUGUACGGAAUGCGAACUAAUGUGGUCCUGGUGGGCGCCACAUCUUUAACGUUAGCUUCCAGACAACUGAGGCUUGCAGGGCUGUGGCACUGCCAGUACUCCACCAAAGCCAAGCAGAGCCUGAGCCGGCGGGUCUUGAAGCGACUGAAAAGGGCCAAUGAGAAGUACGAGCACUUCCUAUAUGGCUGCUAUCACACCUUCAGGACAGGAUUCCGGCUUCUCUUCCGAGACGUCAAGGAGAUCCAGAGGAUCAAGGCAAAGAACCUGAGCUUCCAGCAGCUGCCAUACCGGGACAUGGAGACCCUCAGGCAGUUCCGCAGGGACAUCGUUAAGGCUGCUCCAUUGGUGCUGAUCUCCAUCCCACCCUUUGCGAACUACCUGGUCUUCGUGCUCAUGUACCUGUUUCCCCGGCAGCUCCUGAUCAGGCACUUCUGGACGCCGCAGCAGCAGCUGGAGUUCCAGCAGAUCUACCACCGCCAGCGGGCGCAGCAGUGCCCGGCGAUCCUCGGGAGGCUGGCGAGAGAGGUGCCCUGCGUCACCAACAAGCCACUGCAGAGCCAGCUGCUGCACCUGUGCAACAAGGUUCAGAGCGGCGCCCACCCCAGCGUGUCGGAGAUCCAGGCUGUCCGCAGGCUCUUCGCCGGACCACCCCUGGGGAUGAAUCGGCUAGAUGCUGAGCACAUGAGGUUACUCUGCUCCCAGCUCUUCCUCACGCCCCGCCUCCCGGCUGUCCUGAUUCGCCACCGCCUCUGGGACCACGCCUCCAAGCUGCUGCAUCUGGACCGUGCUCUGAGCAUGCUGGGAUUGCACCAGCUGACUGACCCGGAGCUCCGUCAGGCCUGUUACCUGCGGGGGCUCGACUCUACCUGUCUCAGCACUAACGAGUGCAGGGAGUGGCUCUAUCAGUGGCUGCAGCUCACCACGCACCUCAAAGUCUCGGAGGCCUCUCUCCUGCUGCACAGCAUGGUUCUCCUUUCCAUCAACUACCCCAGGGGUGCGGGACGCCUGUGAGAGAGAGGCCGUUCCCAGUCCGCCAGGCCGUCCCUGUCCGCGCCCACCCGUUCUUGGCUGAGGGGCGACGCCAGACCCCCCCCCCCCCAGGGCACUCUGACACAGGGACCAGCUCUGAGAGGAAGCCGCUCAGCCCAGUAAAUGCGCCCAAGGGCGACGAGAGAGAGGCCCCCCUGCCCUCCGCGUGACCGUCUGGGAGUUCGUGCCUGCCGCCCAGAUGGCACCACCGGCCUGCCGCUCUGGCACCACAAAGGGCAGCACAGAGGAGGAAGGUGGCACAGAUCUGGGACCAGCGGCGGAUGACAGGAAGAGAGCCGCCCGCAGACAGAAAGAUAAUGGGGGGUGCCGGGGCGGCCCACCUAAGGGACAAGCCAUGCCACACUGCUGGAAAGGGGGGUGGCUGAAGGGGACCUUGGCUCGGCUGCUGCCAGCAAGUCGCCUGUGAGGCGCGAGGCGCACUGCUCUGAGACCUCGGGCUCCAGGGGCCGUGAGACGCCUUGAUCUCGGGGUGGUGCAUCUUAUUGUUUCCAAAAAAAACCUCUUAAGGUUGCCCACCUGCCUGGGAACAGCCGAUUACAGCAUGGGUGUUUUUCACAACUCUCGGCGUGUCCACACGAACCCCCCCCGGACCGCACGCGGGGGAGAACGUGGAACGUGGAAGAGUAGAGCUGCUUUUUUUUUUUGCUGCAAAACAACCACGCCCACCCUCUUUCUCCUCCAUUCCUGACCUCGCUUGAAAUCAAGUCUGUCUGCUUUCACAGAGGCCCAGCGUGUCCGUGCCUGGCAGUCUGCUGCCGGACCACUCGGCUCUGCGUCCCCCUCGGUGGCUGACUCUGCUCAUAGACCCCCCCCCCCAACAUCCCCAGCAAAGUAGCCCCUGAGAAAAGCUCCUAAAGGGGGGUUGAGCUUGUCACUGGGGAGCACGUUAGUGUGGCACUCCGGUCGUUGUUCUCCCAAUGUCAAGGCAGAGGAACCUGGUGUUUCUUCUUGCUGGAAUGGUUCCUCAGCCCGAGCUAAUGAAAACCUGAAGCAGCAGCAGCAGCAGAAGCGUCCGGGCUGAGACAGCGGCGAGGGUGAAAAGGACGUCAGCACACGGAAACCAAGACUCUCCCAGCAUUCCUGCGCUCGUCAGCCACACAGAAACUGCUUCGGCAGCUGUCAGAAAGGGGGCGCCAUUAACGGAGGUCCAUUGCAGAGUCCAUUGACAGUGUUAAACCUACAGAUGUGAUUGAGCUUGGGGCUUUUCAGACAACUUCACCGUGAUUUCGUAUUUCAUGAAAUGUCACUGUAGAACUGUGUACUUGCAGUCGACAACAAGAUGACUGAAUCACGUGCUAAAACUGCUUGUUAAAGGAGAACGCAAAACAA